AUGAACAGUUUGCCAAAGGCAACGCACUCUAUCCCUGGUGCUGUAUAUGGGGUGGUGUCGACAGAUAUCUUAGAGGACAUUCUUGUUGACUUGGCAAAGGAGAAUGAAGAAAGACUGGCCAAUCUCUCUGAAUAUGCUGGCAGUUUCAAACAUCAAAAGGUCAUAGAGUUGGUUUUCCUCUUGUCAGAACUAUGGUGCCAGGACAGCUCUACAAAGUAUCAAGCAGUGGAAAUAUUAGAUAGGUUCAUGAUCUUACACAUUGAGGAGAUGUAUAAUUCCACUGCAGAAUCCAAGAAGGAAGUGGAGGCAUCACAUUGUAGGACCUGGAACUCAAUAAAAUCCAGUCUGUGUGACACAUUUAUGUUACGCAUUGUGUCCUGUGUUCAAAUCGCUAGCAAGUUAUACUUUCACUGCCAUAUAAUCAAUAACAACGCAGUCCUACAGUUUUUGAAAUCAGCUGGUUGCACCUAUAACAAAGUGGAGGUCUUGGAGUCGGAACUCACCGUGCUAAAGACUCUGAAGUUUCGUAUAAACCACCUCUCUCCUUUCACCUAUGUAGAAAUGCUAUUAGAAGUUUUAGGACACAAUGGCAGCACAGUAUCCCUAAAGGACUUUCGUGAUAUGUGUAUAAAGGUCAUGGAUCUUGUUUAUUUGUUAAGAAACCCCAUCUAUGACAUGUUACUGAAAGCUUCCGUAGACCUAUCAACACCAAGUGACCUGCAGAGGACAAAGUUUGUAUCUGUAAAGGAAGAUCAAAUGCUCCUGGCUACUGGUGUCAUUGCUACAAGUGCCUAUAUACUAAUUCAGGGCUCCUGGAAUGAGGUGUUGGACCAUCUACAGUGCAUUACAGGAAUCACAGUAAGCAGCACAUUUGAAAUAUCAUCAGUGAUACUGAAGCAAUGUGUUGGAGUCACUGAUCUCAUAAAGUAAUAUUUACUUGAUUUAUAAAUUAAUAACUGAGAUACUUCAGAAAGGUUUCUUUUGUUUGACU